UUUCACCUAGAAUCGAUAUUUUGGGUCUUAGACUCAAAAGUGGGGGGUGAAAUUUUUUUUAUUUUUUGAAUUUACUUGGUAUAAUGAAAAACAUCUUUUCCACACCACCACGGAGGUAGAGUUUAUGGCGCGUUUAUUCAAAGAAUUAAAAAAAAAUAAUAAAAUUUUACCCCCCACUUUCGAGUCUAAGACCCAAAAUAUCGAUCCUAGGUAAAAAAUGAUAGGAAGGACCAAAAUUGUAGAGUAUUAAAUUUUCUACAAGUUUGGUUAUUACAUUUUCACUCUAAAGUUGAAAAUAAGCGAGAUAUUUACAAAAUCACCCUUCUAAUCAAAAUGGCGGCUAACGCUCCAGGGUUAGGAUCCCGAAAAUCCGGUUUUAGACUACCCAUGACCCUCCGAAACAAUCAAAAAAAAAAAAAAUCGCUUCCCGGAAUUAAUUCCAUUUCAGCGGCUUUUUCGGGCUAUUUUGACUGGGCUAGAAUUAUUUCUCGUUGGAGAGUGCGAGAUUAUUUUGAUUCACUUGUCACCGCUGAAGAUUUGACUACUUAAAACAAAACCGAAAUGUCCGAUGUAUAAUUAUAUAUUAGUUAUUAUAACGUUAACUUACGUUAACGUACGCUUUGUCAACCACAUUGUAUUGUUAAAGCUUCUUUUAUUGUUAAAGCCUUCUUUUACUUGUUACUCUUUAAUAUAUUUAUUUCUCAUAUAGCUUAUAAUAUGCCCCAUCGAAUCGGUAAAGUCAACAAUAUCGAAAAAUUUGAUUCAGAAUUUUUCAAUAUACUUGCAACAGAAGCUCAUAUAAUGGAUCCUAUGACUAGAAUGUUACUCGAGCAUACUUAUGAAGUAAUUAUCGAUGCGGGUAUAAACCCAAAAGAAUUACGGGGAACAAGAACGAGUGUUAUUACAGCAAUUUCUCAGUCAGAGACUCAAGGAUAUUUUUCUUUUACAGGUUCUGAGCUUGCUAGAUUACCUAUGACUGGAUGCAACGUUUCUUUCAUGGCAAAUACCAUUUCUUACUGGUUAGGCGCUACUGGACAAUCGCAUAGUAUUGAUACUGCAUGUAGUUCAAGUAACUAUGCUAUAGUGAAAGGUUACGAGCAGAUUCGGUCCGGAAUUUGCGAUGCAGUCAUUAUCGCUUCUGCAAGUUUAUGUCUUAGUCUUCAUGUCCAAUUCCUAUUUUACGAUUUAGGGUAACUCCGGUAUUUACGCCGUGCGGGGAUUUACGCCGCAGAAGUCAGAAAAAUUUCUAUUUUUGAUUGGAAUAAAGAUAUUUACUCGCAAUCACUCUGUU